GCCGCUCGGAGGGGCGGGGGACACUCCCUGGCAAGGGGGCCCGGACUUGCCGGUCAGCCCAGUCCUGCGUCCCGGGGAAACGAAACUCGUCCUGCCUCCCGGCCCGCUCCCGCAGCCCCCGCCGAGCCGCGACCCGCCGCAAUGGAGCGACCCGCGCCAGCGCUGCCGCCCUACGAGCCCCUCUCCGAGGAUCUGGACAUGGAUAAGCUGCCCCGGAGCGCGGUGGUGACGGUGGAGCCGCAGCCGCAGCCGCCUCCCCGCGACCAUCUGGUCUGGUCCCUCUGCACGACGCUGUAUGCCAACUUCUGCUGCCUGGGCUUCCUGGCCUUCGUCUUCUCCGUCAAGUCCAGGGACCGAAAACUCCUGGGUGACUUCAGCGGGGCCCUCAGCUACGGCUCCACCGCCAAGUACCUGAACAUCACGGCCCUGCUGCUCAACAUCCUGCUCGUCAUCCUCAUCAUCGCCCUGCUCGCCAGCGGCACCAUCACCUUCAUCCGCUACAACAACCAGUUUACGGAUCACACCUAUCUCGGCUCCACUUAGCCUCUCCCAUGCUCCGUGGGCAGACCAUCCCCCCCUCCACCUGCCAGGAGCCCCCUCGCCCCUCAGGCACGGGGGGGAUGUAUGUCCUCCAUGCAGCCCCUGGAGUCCGCCGGGGUCCCACUUUCCUUGCUGCUUAAAGCCUCCACUAAGUCCUCUCUGAGGGCUCCUAGUGUUGCCCUCUCUGGAAGUACCUGGAGACACCUCCGCUUCACUCUGGUUUUGUAGCCCCAAGUAUCUCUAGGAAUAAUCCUAAGGAGAAGCACAGAGAAUUCCUGUUACAAAUAAAGUUUUCUUUCACUUUU